GGUAGAAAGCAAAAAAACAGAGUGAAGUUUGGCUGUAUAGGCAGUCAGGCACCAUUUCAUUAUCCAAAAACAACGGUCACCGUGGACCGUUCUCCUGAGCCAUCUAAAAUCCAUCCUCUCCUCGUCUCAACUCUGUAAAUCAAGAACAAAGCACCAUGGCGGCAGCGGCAUCGGCCGGUGUUUUGUUGGGCCACUCUUGCUCCUCCUCUUCGUUUCUUAGCUUCCGCAAAUUGGAGAGCUCAAACAGGUCUUUGAAGUUCAAGGCUUCCGACUUGGGGUUCCUGACGUCGCAGUUGAGCGGCCUUAAAAUUGCCAACUACCCAGGCUUCCCUUCCUCUACCAACCAUGCCAAGCUCAUCUCUGCUCCUCCAAGACCAUUCAUUCUUCAACCUGUUGCUCGCAGAGUAUGUCCUUUCACUGGAAAGAAAGCAAACAAGGCAAACAAGGUCUCAUUCUCAAACCACAAGACCAAGAAGUUGCAAUUUGUAAAUCUGCAGUACAAGAGGAUCUGGUGGGAAGGGGGGAAACGCUAUCUUAAAUUACGUCUCUCGACUAAGGCAUUGAAGACCAUAGAGAAGAAUGGCCUGGAAGCUGUUGCUAAGAAGGCAGGGAUAGAUCUUAGAAAGGAGUGAUAUAUCACCAGUUUGUUUUUACAAAUGAUAUUGUUUUUGCUUCUGCAAUUGUGGUUUUUCCUUUUUCUUGUCAUAUUUUCAUGUUAUCUGAGCCUAGCCUUUUUUGUUUAAGUAAAAGAUUCAAUGCAAUUUGAUCAAAAAAAGAUUCAAUGCAAUGUAUUUCUUCUUCAUAGAUAGGAAAAUUUUCUAUAUUCAA